UCGUUUUGUGUAAGAAAGUGUCAAACCCGAAAUUGUUCUAUUUCUUACUCCAGGUGCGUAGAUAUUUGUAGCAUUGGAUUGAUGGAAAAGAAAUCAUGAAGAAAAGAAGUUUUUCGAUUUUAUGUAGUACUUUGUUGAAAAAUUUUUCGCAAGAAGAGCUUCAAAAUGGUUGUCGUCGCAUUGUUGCUCCAGAUUUUGUAAAAAGAGGCACCAAUUCAUUUCACACACAGGCCUCACCAUGCAGCCAGCCAGCUGUUUUGUACCAGAAAGAACAGCGAUCCCAGGUUUGCCAGCUUCCCCAACUGGAAGUUCCUGAUAAUCCGGAGGAAUUGUUCAGAGGAAUGUCCACAGAUUUUCCAUGUUUAACAAAGAAUAAGAUGAAUGGCCCUGAACCAGAGUAUGACAAGAUUAUUUCUGGGUAUAAAAUCUUCCAUUACCAACAUCCAUUUGAAAUGAAGUACAACAAAGCUAGACUACCAGGGAUAGAUGUGGCAUAUGAGACGUGGGGAAAAUUAAAUGAGAGCAAAAGCAAUGCUGUGAUGAUCCAGGCUGGUUUGUCUGCAAGCUCUCAUGCUAAAAGUCACAGGAAAAACUUGAGGCCUGGGUGGUGGGAGAAAUUUGUUGGACCGGGAUGUGCGGUGGAUACAAAUGAGUUUUUUGUGAUCUGCCCAAACAACCUAGGGAGCUGUUAUGGCACCACGGGUCCAUCGUCUAUCAAUCCCCUCACCGGCAAGCAAUACGCCACCACCUUCCCAUUGAUCAGUGUGGAUGAUAUGGUAAAGGCCAACUUCCUCUUGCUGGAUGAGCUAGGAAUUGAUAAGCUCCAUGCCUGUGUGGGGUCCUCUCUGGGAGGGAUGCUGUCCUUAAUGGCUACUGCGGAGUAUCCAGAAAGAGUGGGCAGAAUUAUCUCCAUUUCUUCCUGUGCUCAGUCACACCCCUCUUCCAUUGCCAUGAGGUAUCUGCAGAGGAAAACUAUUAUGAGUGAUCCAAAUUGGAACAAGGGACACUACUAUGAUGGAACUUAUCCUAAAAUGGGAAUGAAAUUAGCCAGAGAGAUAGCUACAUUGACCUACAGGAGUGGUCCGGAGUGGGACGAGAGGUUCAGUAGACAGAGGAUUGACCCGAAGAGUCCUAACACCCUCUGUCCCACCUUUACUAUAGAGAGCUACCUCGAGUACCAGGGCGAGAGCUUCAGCACCAAAUACGACCCCAACUCACUGCUUUACAUCUCAAAGGCUAUGGAUCUGUUUGAUAUGGGGGAAGGCUAUAGCUCCCUGAAGGAGGGACUGUCACGUGUCAAAUGUCCGGUGAUGGUGAUCGGUGUACAGACAGACAUACUGUUCCCAAUCUGGCAACAGCGGACACUGGCUAAACUUCUACAGGAGUCAGGAAACAAUGGAGUGACAUUUUAUGAGCUGAAUUCUCUUUACGGACAUGACACAUUCCUAUUGGACAUUAAUGGAGUGGGGGCAGCAGUAAAGGGUUUUCUGGAGACAAACUUGAAGUCGCUGGGGAUAGAUUUAGUUAAUCGAGGCAAUUUUCACGACAAAGAGAGAGUCUUAUUUUAAAUGCAUAAAAUUUAUGCUUUAAUUCUCAGGGAUACCUGGAGAUCAACAAGGGUUUCUGUCACCACCAAUACCAUGAAGAUGACUAGAAAUGGUGUAUACAACGACACUGCAUACAGGUCAACUUUUUAAAAAAGAAAUUGGUAAAUGGACGUAACAUCGAAGAAAAAUUUCACCCUGAGAUUAACCUGGCAUUGCCUUAAAUUUUUCAUGUCUUUUUUUACAUUUGAUUGGGAGAAAGUAUUUUACAAAUUUUAAUAUUAAUUAAAAUGUACACAUGAACAUGUUUGUAUAUCUGAUAAACUGUUUCACGACAACUACUGUAUUGCUCUUUAACAGUGCAAAAUGUGGUUUUUUAAUAAUUGAUGUGAAAGCAUCAUUAAUUAAUUGCCAACAAAACUUUGUCUAAAUGUUAUAGCAGCAUUGCAGUUAUCAUGAAAGGGCUUAGAAUAGUACCACAUAUCUUACACAAUGUCUACAUAACUUACACAUUUGUAUGUAUGGCAUUAAUUUAAAACUCUCUCAUCAAAUAUUCUAAACAUCAUUAAUUGUGCAAAUUUUUAUGGAGGAUUUGUAAAAUUUAUGGAAAUCAAAAUUUAUAUUUAUGUUAUAGGUUGUUUGUAUGAAAUUUGACUAUUCUUAUUGAAAUCAUAAAAUUAACAAUUAAUGUAGUAAUUAAUCAUAAAUCUUGAUCAAAUUUUUGGAUGGAAUCUUAAUAUUUAUUGAACUUAUGUGAUUUUAUAUAUAUAUAUGGAUCCCUUUGACCUGUUUGAUAAUACAGUUGAACGUUGAUAUCUCGGACACUGAUAUCUCAAAUACCACGGAUAUUUCAAAGUUGUUUUGGAGGUGCGUACCUCUUCUUCUUUACAUAUUUUACCCUCUCCAA